UUUCAAACAGUGAUUUACAUUGUGGCAUUGUGGAUAUGAAGACAUUUGAGUGGAGUCACAGUGGAAGAGUGUUUUUGCAAAUAAUUUCAGAAUUUGUUUAGCUUUAGAGCUUGAUGUACCAUUGUGAAAAGUACUAGACACACUAGAUUUUCACCUAGUGAUUUCAAGCAAGGUCAACAAAUAAUUGAGCUCAAACCAUGUGGACUAAUCCUCAAGUGUCAACAGACUGUUUACUUUUGCUGUUUCAGGCCCUGAUGUUCUCUCAAAUCUUCCAUGUGUCCAUUAGUGCAGCAGCAGGAAAACAUGUUUGUUUUUCUUUCUCCCCAGAUCUGGAUUUCCUCUCCACACCAUCCCUGUUUCUGUGAUUCGCUCUGUUAGUGAGUCAGGAUGGGCUAAAAACAUUUGCUAGCACCUGCGCACCAUACAUCUGGACCCUCCACAGUCUCGCCUGUGCACAGGUGUUGAGUCUCGACACCAUGCAGGGACCUCGGAGGAAGAUGAAGGUCAUGGUGAUGAUGACGAUGGUGUUCAUCUUCAUAGUGGUGGAGGUUUCUCGCAAUGCUGGGAAGGGAGACAGCAACAAAAAUAAGCAGCUGUUUCCCACAAAGCGUUUCUGGGCAAAAGAUCUUCCCAGUAACGCAUACUGGAAUCGCCUGCAGCAACAGCUGAACUACAUCAACAACCGCAACCUAGAAAAGCUCAACUUCACGACUGAUAAGCUUCCAGACUGGCUAAACGACACGGUCAGUCUGGACUCCUGUGAGCCAGACUUCAAGGUAACCACCCAAGUCAAGGAUUACAACUCGCUACCAGAUCGCUUCAAGGACUUCCUGCUGUCUAUGCGCUGCAGGUCCUAUCCCAUCGUGCUGGACCAGCCAAACAUGUGCAAAGACCCACCGUUCCUCCUCCUAGGUAUUAAAUCUUUAGUCCCACACUUUGAUCGACGUCAGGCCAUCCGCCAGUCAUGGGGCAAAGCUGGUCGCCUUGCAAACAAAACAGUUGUCACGGUGUUUCUUCUUGGAAACGCAACCACGGAGGACUACUUCCCAGAUCUCUCAAAGAUGCUCCAACAUGAGAGCUCCAUACAUCAGGAUAUUCUUCAAUGGGACUAUAGGGACACCUUUUUCAACCUCACCAUCAAGGAAGUGCUUUUCCUGGAAUGGCUGAGCACCCGCUGUCCAGGAGUCAGUUACAUUUUCAAGGGCGAUGACGAUGUUUUUGUUAACACCGUCCGCAUUCUAGACUUCCUAAGCAAUCUUUCUCAUGCCAAAGCCAAGGAACUGUUUGUAGGAGAUGUGAUCACCAAUGCUGGUCCGCAUAGAGACAAAAAGGUCAAGUAUUUUAUCCCGGAGAGCGUGUUUGUUGGUACGUACCCUUCUUAUGCGGGUGGGGGCGGUUAUUUGUUCUCGGGACAGCUGGUCCAGAAACUUCAUAACAUCUCAAGGUCGGUGCCCCUCUACCCCAUUGAUGAUGUCUACACAGGUAUGUGCCUUAAGAAAUUGGGUCUUGCCCCUGAAAAGCACAAAGGCUUCAGAACCUUUGAUAUCGAUGAGAAAUAUCGCAAUAAUGCCUGUGCCUAUAAAAGCCUGAUGCUGGUCCAUCCCAGAAGUCCUCAACAUAUGAUUAAAAUCUGGGCUUGGCUGAAUGACCCAGCCUUGAACUGUCGCUGAACUGCUGAUCUAGGGUUUUGGCUGCUUUAAAGGGACCGUUCACCCAAAAACGUUAAUUCUGUCAUCAUUUACUCACCCUCAUGACAUUCCAAACCUUUAUGACUGACUUCCUUCCUUUUCUUGCUUUCUUUCAUGUUCUUUGACCAGAAAAGCACUGUGAUAUUUUUCAAUGAAGUCAGUGGGAUCCAGGUUUUUUUUUUAUUUUGGUCCCCAUUGACUUUCAAUGCAUGGACAUAGUCAUUUUUCAGAAUGUAUUCUUCUGCAGUUUGGAAUAACGAGAUGGUAAAUAAAUGAUGACAAAAUUGUCAAUUUUGGGUGAACUAGCCCUUUAACAUUUUACUGUGUUCUAAUGUGAUUUUUAUUUAGCAUCUUUAUGGACUUCAUUUCAUGUCAAAGGUCAGAAGCAAUGAUGAGCUCUUUAGAUGUGGCUCUGAUUUUCUACCCACGUAGUAUGGCAAUUUCUUGACUUUUUGUGUCAAGAAAUUCUGCUGAUAAUGUUACAAGUAUUUAUACAGUGCUUUCUGGUUGUGUGAUCAGCAGUGGAGGAUGUAGUUCAGCUGGUCUGGACAUGGCACUGUCGAUACACUGCACACCUUGGCAUAUGUCUGUUGAUCAUUGAGUUUUAUUUUUUUUUCUAUUGGAGAAUUCUGUUGCAUUAUUCUAAAAUGAACAUGUUUGAACACUCAUACAUUAAGAAAUCUUGCAGACAUCUAUGCAGCCUUUACAAGCCUCAUCCAUACUUGCUGUU